UCUUGUUUUUUUGUGUGUAUAUAUACAUAUAUAUUUCGCUGGCUAAUUUGGAACAAGCUGUAGAAGAUAGAACAUCUUAUUUUUUACUAAUUCAACCACAACUACAAGGAAUAAUAACAAGAGGAGAAGGAAGCUGCUCAAUGGAGGAGGGUCACCGAGACGACGUCGUUUCGUCUCGCCCUAGAAAAGUUUACUCUGAUGAACAAUUAGUUGUUGAAAUCCCUGAAACUGCCCAUCAAAUUAGCAGCGAUUCAUGGUUUCAAGUCGGGUUUGUUCUUACGACGGGUAUCAACAGUGCUUAUGUACUAGGAUAUUCGGGUGCAGUCAUGGUUCCUCUUGGAUGGGUAGGUGGAGUAGUAGGAUUAAUCUUAGCUACAGCCAUAUCACUCUAUGCAAAUGCUCUUAUUGCAAAGCUUCAUGAGUUUGGUGGGAAGAGGCAUAUUAGAUACAGAGAUCUUGCAGGAUUCAUAUACGGACCGAAAGCGUAUGCUUUAACGUGGGUGUUGCAAUAUGUAAACCUUUUCAUGAUUAAUGUUGGCUAUGUCAUUUUGGCCGGCCAGUCUCUUAAGGCUGUUUAUGUUCUCUUCAGGGAUGAUAAUGCCUUGAAGCUUCCAUAUUGUAUUGCAAUAGCAGGAUUCGCUUGUGCCCUUUUCGCAAUUUGUAUUCCUCAUCUUUCAGCUUUAGGGAUUUGGCUGGGAUUUUCAACAUUCUUCAGUCUAUCAUAUAUAGCUAUAGCAAUUGCUCUGUGUCUUCGUGAUGGUAACCGAGCUCCACCCAGGGACUAUGACAUUCCGGGGACAGACAUUAGUAGGAUCUUUACAACUAUUGGGGCUUCUGCCAGUCUUGUUUUUGCUUUCAACACAGGAAUGCUCCCAGAAAUACAGGCAACAGUGAAGCAGCCGGUUGUUAGGAACAUGAUGAAAGCUCUAUACUUUCAAUUCACAGUAGGAGUUUUGCCAUUAUAUGCUGUGGCUUUCAUUGGAUAUUGGGCGUAUGGGAACGAAGCAUCAGCGUAUUUGCUCAACAGUGUUGAUGGUCCAGUUUGGGUGAAGGCAUUUGCCAAUAUAUGUGUCUUUCUUCAAACUGUCAUAGCAUUACAUAUUUUUGCAAGCCCAAUGUAUGAAUAUCUAGAUACAAAAUAUGGAGUCAAAGGAAGCGCACUAGCCUUGAAAAACUUGUCGUUCAGAAUUAUGGUGAGGGGCGGCUACCUUGUGAUAACCACAUUACUAGCGGCAGCACUGCCAUUCAUUGGAGACUUCAUGGCUCUAACGGGAGCCAUCAGUACUUUUCCGUUAACAUUUAUACUUGCGAAUCACAUGUAUUUGGUGGCUAAAAGGAACAAGCUGACUUCUUCACAGAAAUCAUGGCAUUGGCUCAAUGUUCUUUUCUUUGGGUUCAUGUCUGUUGCUGCAGCAAUCGCCGCCUUAAGGCUUAUUGUUGUGGACUCCAAAAAUUACAGCAUCUUUGCUGAUAUAUAGUUUGUAGGUCUCAUUGUAACUUAAUGGGAUAUUUAAAAUAUGUCCCAUUUUUUAAUUAUUCCAUAUUGAAUACUGUUACGAAAAGGAAUAUAUACAUCUCGUUCGUAUCCAA